CUCAGAUUUGCGGUAACAAUUGUAGGUAUCCACCUGAGUUAAAGGGUUAAUUCAAGACCCUGUUUUGUAUUGUGGCCUAUAAAUAGACAAGGUUUAGUUAUGGCAGAUGAGUGUGCUGCUUUUAUGAAGGGAACUGAAUUGCCAGUGAAGAGGCCAAGAGAGGAAGAAGCAGAAACAGAGAUGGAGGCAGCCAAUAACAGCAACAAUGGUUGUGAGAAAGAGGAGUCAUCUCCUUAUAUCUCUUCUGUUUUACCUGGAUGGUUCUCUGAGAUUAGCCCCCUUUGGCCUGGGGAAGCACACUCAUUGAAGGUUGAGAAGAUAUUGUUUCAGGGGAAGUCUGAUUACCAGAAUGUCUUGGUUUUUCAGUCAUCAACUUAUGGGAAGGUGCUUGUUUUGGAUGGUGUGAUCCAACUUACAGAGAGGGAUGAAUGUGCUUAUCAAGAGAUGAUCACUCAUCUUCCUCUUUGUUCAAUUCCCAACCCUAAAAAGGUGCUGGUUAUUGGAGGAGGAGAUGGUGGUGUCCUGCGUGAGGUAUCCCGUCACUCUUCUGUCGAACAGAUCGACAUAUGUGAGAUUGACAAAAUGGUAGUUGAGGUUGCUAAACAAUUUUUCCCAGAUGUAGCUGUAGGAUAUGAGGAUCCACGUGUGAAUCUCCACAUUGGUGACGGAGUUGCAUUUUUGAAAAAUGUACCUGCCGGAACUUACGAUGCUGUCAUAGUGGAUUCAUCUGACCCUAUCGGUCCAGCGCAAGAGUUGUUUGAAAAGCCUUUCUUUGAAUCUAUAGCAAAGGCUCUUCGUCCUGGAGGGGUUGUAUCUACGCAGGCUGAGAGCAUAUGGCUUCACAUGCACAUCAUUGAAGAAAUUGUUGCUAAUUGCCGCCAGAUCUUCAAAGGCUCUGUCAACUAUGCAUGGACUACUGUUCCUACUUAUCCAAGUGGCAUGAUUGGUUUCAUGCUCUGCUCUACUGAGGGACCUGCAGUUGAUUUCAAGAACCCUAUUAACCCCAUCGACGAUGAAUCCCCUGCCAAGUCCAUUGAACCUUUGAAGUUUUACAACUCUGAGAUUCACCAAGCAUCAUUCUGUUUGCCAUCAUUCGCCAAGAGGGUGAUCGAAACCAAAGGAAAAUAAUUUCGAAGGAGUGCUGAGUUAGUUGUACUACGCCCUAUAGUUAUCGCAGUUCUUUUUUUUUUAUAAAUUAAAGACAAUGUUUUUAGGUUAUUUAAGCCAAAUGGGGUUGAAUGAUGGAUUAUAAUUUCAUCUUUGAUAU